UCGUUUAGGACUUUUAGUUAUUUCAUCACAAUCGAAUUGUUAAAGGUUAGAUUGGAAGAUGGAACCAUACAAAUACAAUCCCACUUCCUCCCCUUAGGCAGAUUUUUUGACUUUGUUCCUCACCUGUACUGAAGCCAGAACAGAAUUUGCUGACACACUCAAACUUUUAACUACUUUAAUAAUUCAAGCCGUUACUUUCCUUCACAAAGAACAUUUUUGACUAAAAGUGUGUCCCUAACGGGGCAAAACGCCUCUCUGACUCAUCCGUCACACAUGGUUGACAGUAAGUUUGGCUGUUUUGCUUCCUUUUUUAUUUGAGGCAAAAACAUUUCUAUAAAACUUUGUUUCAGAAGACACCCAGGAAAUGUUCUGCUGACACUUCGACGCCUUCAGACCUUUAUUUGGACAUUGGUUGAGUGGUUUCUUUCACUUCCCCAAAUGAUGGAAUUUGCUGAAUUGGAAUCCAGUGUUUGCAGCUGACCUUUCUUUGAGUUUAGCUUUUGAUCUCUGACAAAAAGCUUUCUUCAUCUAUACUAUAUGUCUGCUUGCACUGGUAUUAUGUUUUUAUUGUCUACAAGUUCAUUAUUCUUGAAAAUAAAUGAAUAUAAUUAAAUAAAUAUGACCAAAUUACCAGAUUAGUGGUCUGAAAAAGUAUCCACAUAUCAAAAUAAAUCAGUUCUUAACAAUAAAUGUAUUUUACGUUGAUCUAAAAAUGCAGAGAUAAAACCGAGAUAACAGUGAUGACGAGACCUGAAUGUGAAAAAAAAGAAGAAAAACUCAGUUUCCCAGCCUCAUUUGCAGCAGUGCCAUCAGUCAACCAAUGAAACUGUCUUGUGGAUAUACCUUCCUAUUUCGUGGUAUCGAGUUGAAGAGUGAGAUGCAUGAAUUACUGUCAGCAAACACAGUGAAGCUCAAGACCAGAGGACAGCUUCUCACAAUGGCUCAGGAGGAGCAGAGCGAGGCGGCUGGACAGAAAGCAGGAGAAAGCGAGGAGGAGAUGGACAGAUCCAAGCAGGCUUCUCCGUGUGUUAUUGAAAUCCACGACUCUACCACUGAAUGUGAGGAAGAAGCAAAGCCCGACCGGCAGCAGAAGGAGGAGAAAGCUUUUGUGUCCAGUUUACACUCUUUUAUGAAGGACAAAGGUACACCCAUUGAAAGGAUCCCACAUCUGGGCUUUAAACAGAUUAAUCUUUGGAGAAUCUAUAAAGCUGUCGACAAACUUGGUGGCUAUGAUUCCGUGACUGCUCGACGCCUUUGGAAAAAAGUGUACGAUGAGCUGGGAGGGAGCCCAGGCAGCACUAGUGCUGCCACCUGCACCCGGAGACACUAUGAAAGGCUGGUGCUUCCCUUUGAGAGACACGUCAAGGGAGAAGAAGACAAACCUCUGCCUCCCAGCAAACCACGGAAGCCUUACAAACGAAACCCUGAGAGCAAAAUGAACAAGGCCGACGGGAAGAGGAAGAGGACGCUGUCAGAGAGAGAACUGGAUUCUGAGAUGUCUGCCCAAAGAAGUCCAGAAGCGUCCUGCCAGCGUGAGGCCAUGAUGAGUCCACACUUUGCUCUCUGGGCUUCUGAAGGACGCCUCUCAGACUGCAGGCAGUCCAGCAGACCAUCCACCGAUUUCAGCCCUUCUGUCAAUGGUCACAUGUUGCAAGUCCCUGUAGCCCGCUCCUGGGUUACUCACAUCCCACCUGCCACUGGGGAGGUCAUUUCUCCUCUGGAAAAGAAGAAGAGAAUGGCUCAGGCCAGCCUGAACGCACCUGUCAGUUCUUCGAGAGAGGACAAGGAAAGGCCAUCCGUCAUCCACUGCUCCCUGUCUCCAGCCAGGGCUUCCUCCAGCAGGAACUCCUCGGAUGGCUCCCCGCUUCCGUUAUCCUCCUCUUCCUCCCGCAGCCCCUCCCCUCUUUCUGUUUCAUCAGAGGACACCCCAUCUACCAAAGGCUCAGAAAUGCCCCAGAGGAGUCUGAGCCCUGCCAAAAAACAGGAGGAAGACAAGCCUGUGAGCUGCAGUCAGGCGUCCACAGUGCCUACGGGACAGAGCAAAGAGGUUUCUCAGGUCAGCUCCCAAACGCUAACCACUGACUCAGUAAAGAGUCUGAAAAAGGACUCUGCCUGGAAGCCUUACCAGAAGGGGACGGGCAAGUAUUUCACCUACCCCCUUUACACGCCUUCCACGUUUGCAACCUCUACCUCUAGUUUUACCAAAGUUGUUCCGAAGCCCGUGCAGCUUCUGCGACCCGCUCCCAUCCGGCCGGCCUAUAAACUCCACCAGAGCAGGCUUUAUCAGCAGGACGACUCCCUGGCGUGUGCAAAGAAACUGAACAGCGUUGCCCCCUGGCCUUAUCAGACAGAGAAGAGAGAGAGAUCACGGACACUGCCGCAAAAAGUUCCUCUCCCUCAGCAAACCCUGCCUCAGUCCGGCCCCCACCUACCAGCUUCAUGCAUCCUGUCAGGCUACGACAAGUCAGGGAGAGACUCUCGGCACCAGCCGGCCCUGCAUCCUGCGUUUUUCCCUCACAGAAUGAGACUACCUCAAUCUCAGCUGAUGUAUCGCAACGUGCCCCUAGGCCCGGGCCACUCAGCUGUCGUUGGUCCAGCCGUUUACCCCUACGCCUACACCUUCCCGCUGUUAAAUCCCCAAGCUGGAUACACUCUACCCCCCAUGAAUCCUAUUUAUCCACACAAGCUGUGAUUUUUUUUUUCUUCUAUUUUUGAGUCAAACCUCCAAACAUAGAUACUUACUACUCAGUAAAAGCACACUGGCUUCAUUCAAACGUGUUGAUAUGACAGAGUGCAUGAUGGGUAACAUUUCAGUAGGGUGCUAGAUUAGAGACUGUAUUAUUAUAAUUAUUAUUUUAAGAGAUUCAUUUCUGAUGUUCCAAUAUAGAUCUUCAUAACAUAAUAAUAAUCAUUACAAAAAACAAUCUACUACUUUCUUUAUAAAUAUACAGGAAGGAUUGUAUAUGCCUGUGUCAGUAUUAUGUUCCAUUAGAAAAGACUUGCAACCUUAACAUUACAAAUACAAUUAAACAGAGGUUCUGGUUCUGUUUUUAUUU